GGCCCCGCCCCCGGGAGAGCACUUCCGGCGCAGAGGAAUUCCGGGUGUGGUUCGACUGCUGGCGGGCCGGCUGUGCCGUAGCGGAGGGGGUCCCCCAUGAGUGCGGCGCCCCUGGUGGGCUACAGCAGCAGCGGCUCCGAGGAUGAGGCUGAGGCCGGGGCCCGGGUCCGGCCGGGGACUGGAGGCUGCAGUCGGGGCCAGAGCCCCCUUCCCAGCCAGAAGCUGCCAGUACCCGACAGUGUGCUGGACAUGUUCCCAGGCACCGAGGAGAGGCCUGCAGAUGAUAGCGCAAAACAUGGGGGGCGGGUGCGCACCUUUCCCCACGAGAGGGGCAACUGGGCCACCCACGUCUACGUACCAUAUGAGGCCAGGGAGGAGUUCCUGGACCUGCUUGACAUGCUGCUGCUCCACGCACAGACAUACGUCCCCCGGCUGGUACGGAUGGAGGCCUUCCACCUCAGCCUGUCCCAGAGCGUGGUUCUGCGCCAUCACUGGAUCCUCCCCUUCGUGCAGGCUCUGAAAGACCGCGUGGCCUCCUUCCAGAGAUUCUGCUUUACUGCCGACCGGGUAAAGAUUUACACCAAUCAAGAGAAGACCAGGACCUUUGUUGGACUUGAGGUCACCUCGGGACACAGCCAGUUCCUGGACCUGGUUUCAGAGGUGGACAGGGUCCUGGAGGAGUUUGACCUCACCACUUUCUACCAGGACCCCUCAUUCCACAUCAGUCUGGCCUGGUGCGUGGGUGAUGCACAUCUCCAGCUGGAAGGGCAGUGCCUGCGGGAACUACAGGAAAUCGUGGGUGAGUUUGAAGACUCUGAGACGUUGCUGCGUGCAUACGCCGAGCAGAUCCGCUGCAAGUCUGGGAACAAAUUCUUCUCGAUGCCUCUGAAGUGAGCACCAGAGGCCCUUGUUGUCCUGGGCCCCUCCCUCUGCAGCCAGGAAGAGAUGGAGGAACCCACUCAGACUGAUGGGGAUGCUGCCAGUCCCACCAAUGGGAGGCCCGGCCAAAUGUGCAGCCGCUCCUGGUCCUCCCCGGGAGCUGGUUCUCUUUUGGCCCUUUUGGGUUGCAGGUUGAGUGCUGCUGCGUUGCGAUCAUUCCCAGAAAUCACCAGUAGAGGGCAGCCAGGGCUUCCUAGUUCUAGGUCUGUGGUGGUUAUGCCAAAAACAAGACACAACAAAAGAUGGGGGGGGUCACCUGGUGAGCCCACCCAGACUCAGCCUGAAUCCCCACUGUAGUCCCUCCAACAAAUGGCCCCUUCCCCACAGCCCCGUGGGCUGUCUGCAUUUUGAUGCCAUUGGCCCCAGACGAGGAGUUUUGUAAGCCAUCAUGCCCUGGCUCAUCUCUGCUCAAGCCUGACAUAGUGUGCUUCCACGGGCCUGUCAUCCUCCCUCCUUGACACGGUGUCGCUUUUAUUUAUUUGUUUUUAGUCUCACCCCCUCCUAUGCCAGCAGAGGCCAUUUCAGGGCCAAGGCCCAAGGUGCUAAUUUGUGGUUUAGCAUCAGUUUUCUCCAUUCCUUCCUCCCACUCACCCCCCAGCCAGGUGCCUGGGGAGACUUGAGCAGAUGUUUCAUCUUGGCCUGACUGGUGGCUUUAAGCCAGGCCUCCAACGCUCUGUGACCUCUGGCUUCCCAUCAGCUUCCCAAAGAAGCAGAGAGGAGCCUUCACCAGGCACAGUUCUCUUUCUGCUGCCUCUAGCUGCCUGCUGUGGCCUGCGGGCAUCCCCAGGGGACGCAGAGGAAAGGCCGGGGGCUGCACAGGGGUUUUUGUUUUUCUUCGAGCCCUCGCGGGAGCAAAGAACCAGUCCUCUCCAGCUGCCAUCUGAUUUCUAGUGAUGGAGGAAGAGACACUUUGAUGUUUUAGUUUUAAAUUAGGUUCAGCAAAUAAAAAUUGCAAUUUUUAUUUUGGA